AUGUUCCAACACUUCAUAAACAACAUCUUUAGAGAUCUGUUGGACAUGUGCAUGGUCGUAUACUUGGACAAUAGCCUUAUUUACUCUGAUAAUGAAGAGGAUCACAUAAAACAUGUGCGCUGGGUUUUAGGACGACUAAGGACACACCAAUUAUACGCCAAGCCAGAGAAGUGCCUCUUCCAUGUUACUCAGAUAUCCUUCCUCGGAUAUCAUAUCUCAUCUGCUGGACUGAAGAUGGAAGAUGGUAAAGUAGAGGCGAUACAAAACUGGCCCAUACCCACUAACACUAAGGAAGUUCAACGCUUCCUGGGCUUUGCCAACGUCUAUCGAAAAUUUAUCAAAGAUUUUUCCACCAUAGUAAAACUUCUUACUAAACUUACUGGUUCCCAGACACCUUUCAAAUGGAAUUCCCAGGCAGAGGAAGCAUUCAACUCCUUGAAAACAUCCUUCACCACAAUUCCCUAA